GAGAAUCCGCGUGUCGCGCGUCGCGAAGCGAACUCGCGGACUUCUCUCGCGUGGAGGAUCGACGAUCGCGUCGUGAAUCUACCGAAUACGCUGCGACAAAAAUCGAGGAGUUUUUUUUUUUAAAGAUAUAUCCGUCGCCGUUGAGAGGCGACUCUGAAGUAAAUCGCGAGAUACCACCGUUCGUGGUGGAGCCCCUCGGGGAUUCCACGAGAUUGGCCGCGCGAAGGAGGUGCAGCCGAGCGUGGAAGGCACGCGGAGGGUUUUAAGAUCGUGCAUCGUAUCGAGGACACAAUCGAGAGAAAAUCCUUGUAUCGCGACUCAUUUGUGCAACGUGCGUUUCAUAAUACACUCCUGUAUACGUACCACGUGUCGCGAUGAUUCGCGACUGGUGGCUUCAAGUGUCGUGCAUCGAUCGAUGAAUCAAGCGAGGAAGGGAGGCGUUCGCGAGGAAGGCGACGGGACAAAAUAGCAUAUACGCAAACGAUACCGCUCUUACGUUCGACACGAAACUUUCAACCAUCCACAGGUGUUUGAAUCGAUCCAUUUUCCCGUGUCCUCGUGCACGUCGCGAUACGCAGUGCUCAUAAUCCAGGAUCCGAAACAUUUUUCUGCAAGAUUCAAUGAGAAAGACGAGCAUAUGAGUUUGAAAUUAUGGUGACAGCGUGAGAGACAAGAUUCAAUUUUUAUCGAAAUCAUCCCAAACUUGACACGAAAGGACAAUUUGCAUUUUCAGACGUUCAAAUGAGUCCGUUUUCCAAAAAGAGGAAUGUAAAACGCGUGACAUACGGAAAACGAAAUCUAUGACAUGAAGUCCCGUGAGCGUUAAAGGAAGAACAGUGAGAUCGGCCACGCGAUAUCCUCUCCGCGUCCAAUUUCCGCGCGGUGAAAACGAAGAUACGUAGAUCGGCCAAGAAAUCGGCAGAAUCAGGCAGAUGAAAUGUGAAGCACGAGGACAGCGCGUCGUAGACCUGGCGGGAACGAAGGCGGAAGUUGAGAAAACCGAGGUGAGAUUCACCGCAGGGAUAGCGGCACGUCGGGGGAGCACCUGGCGCGGGCCGCCUGAGAUGACGGCCUUGCGACAGGAUAUCACGGCAUCCCCGUAUAGAACCUUUCUCCUGCUGUCACUGAUCGGACUACUGCUGCAAAUCCAUUCGGCGACAGGUGGAAUAUGCUGGUCGUCUAUCAGUAACGGCCGCUGCAAGGAACUUUUAUCGCAAGGCGUCACGAGAGAAGAUUGUUGCGCGUCUAACGCAGCAGCAGCGACUGCCUAUUCCGAGGAGGAUCUGGAUAGCGGAAGUCUCUUCUUCUGGAGGGUUCUUGGUGGAGGUGUACAGUGUCGUCCUUGUCGAGAGAGUUGCGCGGAAGUGAGGUGCGAAGAGGGAAAAAAGUGCGUGGUGCGUAGAGGAAGGCCGAGGUGCGUGUGCAGUCCAGAGUGCAAGGCACCGCGAGGCGGUGGACCGGUCUGCGGGACGGACGGCAAGAGUUAUAAGAGCCUCUGCAGACUCAAAAAGCGAGCUUGCAAGAAGGGCAGCCACGAACUCGCGGUUGCCUACAACGGCCACUGCCAAAGUUCGUGCGCACGGGUCCGGUGCGGCCAAGGUCGGAGCUGUCUGCUGGACCAGAACCUGAGCCCUCACUGUGUGAGGUGCGCCCGCAGGUGCCCCCAGGCGCCCCCGCACCAGGUCGCCGGCGCGCGCCCCGUCUGCGGGGCCGACGGAAACACCUACAAGAGUGCCUGCCACCUGCGACUCGCCGCCUGCCGCGCAGGUCGCGCCAUUCCCGUCGCAUAUAAGGGCCAUUGCAAACAGAGCGCAGACUGUACUAAGAUACGCUGUCGAGAAGGCCAAACUUGUUUGUCCGAAAUGAAAUCUGGACGACCGCGUUGCGUGACCUGCACCUAUCGUUGUCCCCGGAAGCGGGAGCGCGUGCGAAAUCGGACGCACCGUGACAGGGAUCGGGACCGAGAUCCAUCGACGACAAUGUUGUGCGCGACCAACAACAUCACCUAUCCCAGCUGGUGUCACAUCAUCAAGGACGCCUGCGUUACCGGCUUCGUUCUCGAAACGCGGCAUGCGGGCCCCUGUAACGCUUACGACACAGCCCCUCUUUAUAUCGAAGAUAAUACCUCGAGCAACUAUGGGGUUGACUUGGCGGACGAAGAUACAAAAGCGGGUGAUGAUCGCGCUAAAUCCCCAUAUGGCCUACACUCUUUACCGUUGUCGUAGCUUUAGCGUUUUCGUACUUCGAGAGACGACGUUCAUUAACGAUAGAUGACAGCAAUGAUCCUACAGUCUAGAAAUCUAGGUGCUCAUCCCUCACGAAAGCCACGAGAAGUGGCGAGACCGUGAGUUUGAAGAUCGACAUCGAUGUCGCGAUGCAUUCGUUUCUGACAGACAGAUUAAAAGAGAGUCUACGCGAGACUCAACUCGGAAUGGAGGAAAAUCUAAUGAAACGCGAAACGUCGCGUACUUUAGUCGCUUUAUUUAAAAGCAGAAAAAAGAGAGAGAAAUCAUAUCAAAAUACACUUCGAUAAAAACAUAUCUUAUUCAGGAUUCUCGAAAAAAUGCACGAACAAAAGCUCGUUAAAGAAACUUGUAAGAAUCGCUUUACAUAAAAGGCGCAUUUAUUCUAACUCUCUAAAAUCUCUUAAGGUGAGAGAUAAAUAUAAGAAAUAUGGUCUAAAUAAAAAAAUCUCGCGUCGUUCAGUCCGAGAGAACUACUGGCGAUGUCGUUCUUCCAUUCAUUAACAGAUCUGAUUCUCUCAAGCUAACGGAUAUAUGACGCAUUUCUAGAUAUAUAUCUAUCAUGUAAUCUCAUAACAUAGAAAAGUUAUAUAGAAUGAAAAAUAUAAUACGCGAACGACCAUGUAAAACGCGUGUGAUAAUAUUCAUAAGACACCCGUUAUUACGAGAGACAUUUUAAAAAAUUCGGAAAACGAACAGCAAUCUUUUGCAUUAUACAUUAAUAGGAGUGCAAUAUUAAAAUUUUGUCAAAAGAAAAAUUUUCGCACACGUUUCAUGUGGAUGUAUGAAAAAGAUAUCGUUAAAUCAAUAUUAGAUACGUAUUUACAUAUUGAUGAUUUUGGCAUUGAAUAUUUUUUGAAUAAAAAUUCAAAUAAUAUGUUUUUACACAUAUAUAUUUUUUUAUAUGCAUUAAAAUUUAUGAUUUAAAAAAAAAUAUCUUUAACAAUAUGAACAGAAUUUCGUUACGUAUUACUUUUUGGUUAUUCAAUUAAUUUCGGUUAUUCGAAUAAUAAAAUAUAGAUGUUUUAAAGACGAUAGAUAUUAUUAAAGACUUUAUUAUUAAACUUUAUCGUGUGUCAAAAUAUUUAGAUAAAUUAUUAAGUAUUGCGAUGAUGGUAACAAUUAAAUUUUCAUUAUAAAAAGAAAGAUUUUAAAAUCAUCAAUAAAUUCUUAUUAAUGAUUAUUCAACACAUUUUACGAAAUAUAUUCCUCUAUAUGUCAAUGAUAAAUAUCACACGAUCCAAUAAAUAAAAGCAACACUUUUUAUCGAUGGAUAUUUCGAAUUAAAUAUAAUAAGCUAUCGGAAAAAUAUAAUUUUGAUCUUACUAUCAUAAAUUGAGAGAGAAGCAGAUAUAUAUAAUCGAAAAAAUAUAAGAUCUCACAUCUCACUAUAAUUUUAUGGUAUUUUAUGAUUGGUGCAGAAUGAACAACGACUUGAAUCUUUUAUAUUGUACACAUAACUUUCACAUUAUAUAAUUCUUUAUUUUUUCGAGAUAAACGAGAAAUGCGUCCUUAUUCUAAAAGACGCACAUUUAUAAUAUCCUUUGACAUCCGAUUAAUCGUUACAUAGGGUGUCUGAUAAACAUCCUGUAUAUACAUAUAUGUAGGUAAAACUUUCGAUCUCGAGAGUGCGACAACCAUUUAUGUUCGGGGUGGCAUCCGAUUGCAUCGUGUUAUGGCGUCGUAGCAUUCGGAGAAAAAUAUAAUUCAUAAUGAGAUUGUGUAAGAUUAUGUGGCGCACAGCGCGGCGAUGUCUCCCAAAAGUAGCACAUUAGAUAGACGAGCAAUUUGACGUAAGUCAGUAUUUAUUAUUAAUCGAUUUCGCACGACGAAAGGUCGUUGACAUGGCGAGUGGACGAUCGAAGAUGAUUACGUCAUGCUUUUAUUAAUUUCCCCAAAAAAUCUUGCGAUUGGGCAUCGCAUUAAUAAUUUAAAUAAUUACGUCCAUUUAUAAUUAUGUUAACUAUUCUUUUUUAUUUGAAAUAGUCAUCAGAUGACAGCGUAGUGUUAGCGUUGAAAAUUUAAUGAAUUUUAUAUUUAAAUAGUAGAUGUAAAAAUAUAUAAAUUUUGAGAAAAAACAUUUUGAUUUCUUAUUUUUAUAAUAAGAUUUCAUAUCUCUAACUUGAUAAAUUUGAUGCUUACUUUUCCCACCUCAAUUGUAUCGGUGCACAGUAUAUAUGUUGUUAUAUGCUGUGGAUUUUACAUUUUGUAAACUUGAUUUUUAUUGACUUGAGCAUUAUCGAUCAUCCAAAUGCUUCCGUCCUAGCGUCAGUAGUAUUCAUGUAAUAUUUGUACUUAAUUUAUUUUAGUUUUAUGAACAAAUUCGUUUCGUGCUCUAUUUAAUUGCGCACGAUCAAGCAAUUUUAAUCGAAUGUAUGAUGUAAAUUUAUUGGGAAUGAAAAUCAAAGUGAUCGAUCUCCAGUAUUGUUAAAGCUCUCAAUAAUAAAUGGAAAAUGAAAAUGGAAAUGAAAAAAUAUACUAAUUGAAGAUAUAAGAAACCGAAUGAUUAAUGUGGAAAAAAUGAAAAAAAAAUUAUUAGUUGCAUAGCGUAAUCACUCCAUUAUCAAUCAAUCAAGACAGUCAAUUUCAACGUUGUGUGUGGUUAGUCUAUUUUCAUUCCCAAUAUUGAUAGAGUCGCCUAUUACUUGGAGAGCGGUAUGAGUGUUGCACGAAGCAAUCGUGAGAUAGUUGAAAUCAGGCUGCGUUAUGAGUAUUAUCGGCCACGUGACCACCGUAUAAUAUAGAUAAAUAAUAAAAAGUCAACGUGCUCCCUAGCCUAAAAUAGUUGCAUGCGAUUGCAGCUAUAUUUAUGGCUAGAAGUACGCACUGCGAAUCGCGUGUCGCGAGAGAGAAAUUAUAACAUGAUCUAUAUGCGUUGGAAGGCAUAAAGCAAUUAUAAAGCGUAUAAACUCAAGACUCUGUAUUUACGAGAGAUUUCUCACAAGCAGAAUAACCUAAUAUUUUUAAUGUCUAAGUUUCAAAAUGCUUUAUCUAGGCAAUAACAAAUUAAUUAACUUAUAAAUAGAUGAAUAAAUAUAUAAAAAUAUAAAUAUAAAUAUAAAUAUAAAUAUAUAUAUAUAUAUAUAUAUAUAUAUAUAUAUAUAUAUAUAUACAUAUAUAUACAUACAGGCUGUCACUGAAAAGUCCAGUCACUUUCGGGGAAAAAGUAUAUUUCUUAUAUAAAAAAGAUGAAAAUAUUUUAUUUUAUGAUUCUAUAGAGGCUCGAGAAACGCUCUCUCUUUUCCGAAUUAUUCCCGGAAAUUUUUCAGAUAUCAUUAAAAUUAUAACAAACAUAUACAUAUAUUGUGAGGCCGUUUCUUUUUACAAGAUAUUUUCAUCAUUUUGACAUGAGAAAUGUACUUCCAAAGUUUAUUCUUAUUCUUAGUCGGGCGUUCUGAUGACUCCUUUGUACGCAUAUACUUAUACAGGAUAUCUUGUCAUUUUUUUAUCUAUAUAUUCAUUGAUUAAUCUGGAAUCUUUAAAAAAAAAGUUGAAUUUUAAAGUUCUUUAAUAUAAAAUAAAUUUGGCAUUUUAUAAAUAUUAGAUAUUUUUUUAUCUACUAUUAUUUUUAAAAUAAUUUAUUUAAUCGUCAACGAUCUAAUAAUAUAAAUCUAAUAUAUAAUGAUUUUUAUAAUCCCAAAUUAUCAUUAUUAAUAUAUUGACAUUUAUUAGAAAAAAAUCGAUCCUAGAUUAGUCAGAGAAUCCUUAGAAAAAUAUAGUGGUAAUUGUCGGGCAACCUGUAUGAAAAUAUAUAUGUAUUUACAGAAUUGUACAGGAUGUUGGGUAAUAGGCGCAUUUGUGUGGCAAACAACGAUAUUCCUUUUUAGAAGCUGAAUUAAUUUCUUUUUUUCAUCAAAAUUUAAUUAAAAAAUAAUUAUAAAUUUUUGAAAUUUAAACAUUAAUAUUAAUAUUAAUACAGUUAUUUGUAUUACAUAUUCUUAAAGUCCAAAACAUAUAAUUAAAGCUAAGUAUAUAUAAAAUUUACUAAAAAUUAAUAUUUUAUUUAUUUAUUUAUUUGUAUUAAAAAAGCAUACUUUGAAAAAAUAUUUUUUUAUCGAUUGCAUUUCAAAAAUUUGCAGAAAGCUUUUAUUAUAAAUAAUGCGUUCCAAUUUUCUUAAUGAGAAAUAUCGCUAUGUCAACCAAAUAUUUCGUCUAUUUCCAAACGCCCUAUGUAUACAUAUAAAAUCUUGUAUAUUUACAUAGCUUUACAUAUUUAUUAAUUAUGCAUAUAUACAUGAUUUAUAUGUAUAUAUAAACUCGCAAUUGCUUUCAAGACUGUGGACACACACAUUAUAAAUGUAUAAAUGUUUAAAUAAAUUAUUAUAAUGUGGUACUCAAUUAUAAUAUGUCAUUAUUUAUAAUUAAUUAUUUGAAUCUUCGAUGCAGAUAUUCAAAUUUUACUUUUAUAUAUUACAUCAAAAUUCAUUAUUUUGACUUGUUAUUCAAGAAUAAUGUGCAAUAUCCAUGUAGCAAUUGAUCAGAAAAAUUAGAAAUCC